AUGGUGUACCUUAGUUCGUUUCUUCGCGCGGCUGCAACGGCUGGGGCGAAGACCACGACGAAUUUGACGGGUUUGAAGAUAGCCAAGAAUCCUCAUCAUCAUCUGACUGGGAUGUAUACCAAGACCCUGCGAGCCUUGGCUAAGAUGCCGGAAGAUGCUGCUUACAGACAAUACACGGAGCAGAUCAUCUCUGAACGAUUGAACGCUGUGAAAGCUGAGCCGGACUUGGCUGCUUUGGAAGCGAAAAUCAACUGCGGACAGAUUGAAGAGGUGUUGAUCCAGGCGGAAAACGAAUUGUUCCUCGCUCGGAAGAUGUUGGAGUGGAAGCCCUGGGAACCGCUUGUGGAAGAGCCGCCCAAGAACCAGUGGAAGUGGCCCAUGUGA